AUGAAGCCACUACAAUUGCUGCCCAUUCUCCUCACCGCUAAUGCGAGCCCUAUCCCCCUUUUCGGCCCUGGGGGUCUCCCAGACCUUCUCGGUUCUCUAUUCCCUGGCCUUCUCGAUCCUGAUGACGGUGACAUAGAUCCUGGCCUAAGCCCUGAUCCAGGUUCAGGCAUCCCAUCUCUACAAGGCUACACCCUAACCUGGCACGAUGAAUUCACCAACACCAACAGUGACAGUUACCUCCCCAGCUCCAACUGGCUCUUCGACACAGGAACAUCCUACCCCUCCGGCGCCUCAAACUGGGGCAACAACGAACUCCAAACAUACACCACCUCCCCCUCAAACAUCCACAUCACCCCAUCCAACACGCUGCAAAUAACCCCCCGGUACCUACCAAACCAAGACGAUGAAUCCGGAACCCACUGGACAAGCGCACGGAUCGAAACAACAGACUCAACAUUCCACGCCCCCCCGGGCGGAAAACUCUACAUCGAAUCCCGCCUCCGAACAGGCUGCGCUCCGUCCGAGCAACAGCACGGAAUCUGGCCGGCCUUCUGGGCUCUGGGGGCUUCGUUUCGCGAGGACCCUACGUACUGGCCUAUGGCUAGCGAGUGGGAUAUUGUCGAGGUUGUGAAUGGGGAGCCGAUGGUUUAUAACACCGUGCAUUGCGGGACGGAGACGAGGGAGGGGGGUCCCUGUAAUGAGUAUACGGGGCUGGGGAAUGGGGGGGUUGGAUGGGCUGGGUGUGACUGGCAUGUUGUUGGGUUUGAGGUUGACCGGUCUGCUGCGGAUAGUGGUAGUGGGACUAGUACUGGUGGAGGAUGGGAAGGAGAGACGCUCAAGUGGUUUCUAGACGGGGAGCAGGUCCAUACUGUCUCUGGGGUGGAUGUGGGCGAUGAGCAGGUGUGGGAGAGUGUUGCGCACCAGGGCCACUUUAUGCUGCUGAAUGUGGCGGUUGGUGGGAAUUGGCCUGGAUAUCCGGAUGAGAAUACGCUGGAUGGCGAGGAUGUUGCGCUGGAGGUGGAUUAUGUGCGGGUUUGGAAUAGUCUUGACUCGUAG